AUGUCUGUCAUUGGAGCCCAGGAGCCACGCCGGGGAUGCUGUGCUCCCCAGUCGGCUGCUUCGGCCCGACCGAUGCACCCCCUUGAUGCCCUCUCCGCCCAGGAAAUCCCGGCCGCCGCAGACCUGAUUCGCCAGUACGCUGCUCCGAAACAACUCAAGUUCAACUGCAUUACCCUGCAUGAACCAGCCAAGGCGGAAUAUGCAGCUUUCCGAAAUGGCUCGGGCCCUCGGCCUGAGCGACGUGCCUUCUCCAUCGCGCUUGAACGAGGAACCCCCAAGGUCGCGGAAGUGGUGGUGAAUCUCACGACUCGGCGAGUGGAGUCCUGGAAGGAUGUCCGAGAUGCUCUUCCCACUCUGACUUUGGACGACUUGGACAUCGUUGAGCGGAUUGCCCGGACCCACCCGAAAGUGAUCGAGGUCUGUCGAGAGAUUGGCAUCACGGAUAUGUCCAAGGUCUACUUCGAUGCAUGGGCUAUAGGUAUUGAUGAACGUUGGGGAUUCGACCGAAGACUGCAGCAGGCUCUGCCGUAUUACCGGAGUUCAGCCUACGACAACCAGUACGCUCACCCCUUGGAUUUCACCAUCGUGGCGGAUACGGAGACCGAGGAAAUUCUGGCCAUUGAUGUGCGUCGGGUCAAUGGAGAAAGAACAUCGGUACCUUGGCAAGAGCAUAAUUACCUGCCCGAGUUUAUUUCCGACUCCUAUCGCCAUGAUCGCUUGAAGCCGGUGGAUAUCACGCAGCCCCAGGGCGUUUCAUUUCGCAUGAAUGGCAACGAGAUUGAGUGGGCUGGGUUCAAGAUGCAUAUCGGCUUCAAUUACCGAGAAGGUAUUGUGUUGUCUGAUGUGCGGGUGGAUGACCCGUAUGAACAGCGUGAGAGGACCCUAUUCAACAGAAUCAGCGUCGUCGAGAUGGUCGUGCCCUACGGAUGUCCCAAGCCUCCACAUCAUCGCAAACACGCCUUUGAUGUUGGAGAAUAUGGGAGUGGCUUGAUGACGAAUUCUCUCAAGCUCGGCUGUGACUGCAAAGGGACCAUCCACUACCUCGAUGCCGUGCUUUCCACGGCAACGGGGGAGCCGACAGUUGUGAAAAAUGCGGUGUGUAUCCACGAGGAGGACAACGGCCUCCUCUAUAAACAUACAGACUUCCGAGACAAUCGUGUCAUCGCAGCCCGGGACCGGAAGCUCAUCAUUUCCCAAAUCAUUACCGCGGCUAAUUACGAAUAUGCGUUCUACCACACCUUCACGCUAGAUGGGACCUAUAAGUUGGAGAUGAAAUUGACCGGGAUGCUAAACACCUAUUGCUUACAUCCCUCGGAGCAGGCGGCUCCCUAUGGGACGGAGGUGGCCAAGGGGAUUGAUGCCCAGAACCAUCAGCAUAUAUUUUCUCUUCGUGUUGAUCCGGAGAUUGACGGGACAUGCAAUACUGUGGUGCAGAGUGAUGCAGUGCCGGCGGAAGAGCCUGUAGGCUCAGAGGACAAUUUCUAUGGCAAUGGCUUCCUGGCGAGAAAGACUCCUCUGCGAACUGCAUUGGAAGGGGCCACCACUUACUGUCAUGAAACAAAUCGAUCCUGGGACAUCAUCAACCCCAGCCGACUCAGCGUCGCCAAGAAACCCGUGGGUUACAAGAUCAUCAACAACCAGUGUCCGGCCCUGCUAGCCAAACCCGGCAGUACCGUUUAUAAGCGAGCUGGGUUUGCCCGCAAAUCCCUUUGGGUCUUGCCGUACCGAGAUCAUGAACUGUUCCCAGCAGGAGUCUAUGUCUGCCAGUCAACGGGAGAGCCGAACCACCCCGAUAAUGAAACCAUUGUCGACUGGGCAGCGCGCAAUGAAUCGAUCGAGAACACGGACAUUGUGUGUUACAUCCAAUUCGGCCUGACGCAUUUUCCGCGCACAGAAGAUUUCCCCAUCAUGCCUGCAGAGCCUGUCAGCGUCAUGCUGCGGGCAUCCAACUUCUUCCAGAAGAACCCAGCUCUGUGGGUGCCUCCAUCCAACGUGUCUCGAGAUUAUACCUCGUGCGAUGCCUUCCCGACCAAAGGUGCAUGCUGCCCGUCGAAGGCGGGCCGUCGGCGGAAGAAGAAAUGUGAUGAGACUCGUCUUGCGUGCUUGAACUGCGCCAAGCGAGGCCUUAUCUGCGAAUGGCCACAAUAUGUGACCGAGACCGGGGACUGGGCGGGACAUUCUCCUCCUUUGAACAGACACAAACCAAGUAAUCUCGACAACGGAGCCACCACGGUAGUUGUCAAAUAUGAUGAUCAAACGCCGCGGAGAACCUACUGCCUCGAUGAAGUAUCGGAUGAUUCCAGCGACGUGGCAUCCUCCACAGGCUCAUCUGUUGCCGGCGAAGGGCCUUGGACACAAUCAGCUUCUUCUGCCAUGACAGUCCUCGGUAGCUUGCACCGCCUCUCUGCCAACCCUUCACCGGCUGUCAUCCAAGAGAGUGGGCUGCUCUUUGAUUUUCUCAGAGUGACAUUUCUACCUCAACUCAUUCGACCAACAGCAAAUAGUCGUGUCAUUGAUUUCUUUACACAGGAGACACUGACACUAGCUCUUCACCGGCCAUUUUGUAUGCAUGCUCUUCUCGCCUGUUGCGGAUCAGAAAUUCCUACCCAUAACCGAGAAUUCCGUCAGCUGGCUCGCUUUCACUAUGUUCGCGCGGUGGAAGGGCUCCGCACCAACCUGGAUAACGGUAAUCUGAACCAGCAGUGGAUUGUUACGAUUCUCACCGUUCUCAUGCUUUGUAUUUACGAGAGAUCCAAGCCACAGGGCUCAAUUGCCGUCGACGUUCAUCUGGUAGGAGCGGCGCGGUUGAUUCGCUUGGACUCCCAGCGUUCUCCCUCCGAGUGUCCCAAGUCAGAGAUAGACCGGGCCAUGCAUCGCCUAGUCCGGGAGUCGUUCAUCUUCCACGUUGCGACUAGUCUGCCUUUCCAGCAGAUGGCCUCGCCCAAUGCUGAAAUUGACUCGGCGUUCUCACUCGCCGAAGAUACGCUGGGUCAACAUUUCCACAUUCACUCACACUCUCAUCCCGACUCACCAGUGCUCGGCGUUCCCCCCCAACUAUUUCGAUGCAUCUAUACGAUCUAUCGUCUAUACCAAGACUGUUCCAAAAGUAGUGUGGAUAUUGCUCACUGUCGCCGCCUGGAACAAGAAAUGAUUUGGUGGGACCAUUUGAUGACGGCUCGACCAACACCUGGGCGAGACCAGUUGUGGGAGGACGACUACGCUGCGAGAGGAGCCUUGGCGCACCACCCGAAUGCGCAUUCAAGUUCUUCUUUCAUCGGGCCCAGAUUGUACGUUUUGGGCGCCCGCAUUCUUCUCCAACGCAUGAUUAUCCCUGAUCCCACUGGAUCCGAUCCCGUCAUCGACCAACUGGUGACCGAGGCGAUGACUGUAGUCCAACAGCUCCAGCCCGCACGCGACUAUUUUGCCGAGUACUAUUGCUGGCCAUUCUUGAUCAUAGGGCUCAACUUGGACAAUAUGCCUGACCAAGAAUUUCUUAUGUCGCAGAUUUUGGCAUUUUGGUCCGCCACCAACAACGGCACGAUGCGACGACUGGCCGAUAUGCUUCGACUCUACUGGCAGUCUCCUCCGCCGCGACAGUUGCCGGUUGAGAUUCUCAAGUAG